AUGCGUGAUGGCGACCUGGCUCGCGAGCACACUAGCAAGCAUCUCAGUCGCAAACAGUCCAGGAGCGGGUCCUCUUUCCGUCAUCCUUCUCAGCAGCAAAGUGUUGGCGGUGGCCCGCCUCCCAACAGCGGCUUGAACGUCGUUCUACCCUCGCAGCAGUACCAGCGUCGCCCGUCACAGCAACCCUACCCUUGUGCACUGCAGCAAGAACAGCAACCGUGUCCACAGGGCGUAGGGUUUCCCUCUUCGGCACACCCGAUGAACUCCAGCAACGGCCAAACGUGUGACAAUGAUGGCAGCGCACGUCACCACUGCAAUGGCUCGAUCCAGCCCGGCGAGUUUUCAGGCAAUCCCUUAAUUGCGCGCUGCAAUAGCCGGUUGCUGUUUGCUGCCGGCGGCGCGGGUCAGGAGCUUCAGCAGAAGCACGCUCCUUAUCCGUCAUCUCCAGGGGAUGAAGGGAAUGCGAACAGGCCCACACAAUAUGCUCAGGGGCAGCUGUACCCGCCGUACCGUGGCGGCCCUUCGUUUCCGCCGCAGCAGCUCACCAAUGUUCGCCAUCUACCACCGCUUCCCUACGUAAUGACCCCUCAAGGUAUGAUGGCGCCGCCACUUCUGUAUCUGCUCCCCAUGCAAGGCUGUCCCCUCAUGCCCAACAUGCUACCGCAGCAGCAGCAGCAACAACAGUGCUGUGAGAUCCCAGACACGAGCAACGGAGCGGCACCCUCGCAGCACAACGCAAUGAACGGUAGCGUGAUGCCUGCUUCACCGCAGGCACCGUGGGGCGGGCAGCAGCAUGUUCUGCUUGAUCGGCCACAAGCGGUGUCACCACAACCGACGCUGGUGAGCUAUCCGUCGUUCCUUGCGGAGAACACUGCGACUAGCGUGGCCCCCACCGCCGCGCUGUCAGCCGCAGCUGAUCCGCAAGCAGCGACAAGAGCAGCUGGCGGCAUUCUCUUGCCCCGCACGCAGAGUAUUCUGAAUCGCGUCUCAAGCUUCAAGAAGGUAGCGCAGCCCGCGUCAAAGGGCGGUCAGACGCGUCAGCAAGCGGUCGACAUGCAGCAGCGACUCUAUGCGCGGAAACAGGAGCGAAUUCGAUUGGAGCAAGAGAUGCAGGUCCGGGAGGCGGCCACUAAAGCUGCGCGAGAUCAGCGGCUGCGUGAGCUACUGCAGCGCCAAGCGUCUCGCAACUUCGCACAGGAGUCGACUACAACUGCGACUCCGCGCGUGCUGAUGGAGUCGCCGAAGUCGGGUCGCCUCAGCAGCGAUAGCGCCUCGGAGAGUCGCCCAGUGCUUCCAUCCGAACCUGCGCUCGCUCUAAAGCAAGCGUCUCCUGCUCUCUCACCGUCGACUCCUCCGACAACCGAUGUACCGUUGCCCCCUCAGGAGCCACGGAAUCAGCAGCUGCCCAUGUCGGUUGCCAGCUUGCACAGCCCCGCCGGGUCACACGCCAGCAGGGGGAGCCUCGGCAUGGCUGCGUCGAGGAGUGGGGAGACAGCCGUGAUAGCGAAGGGUAAAGGCCCUUCUGGGGGCGCCGGCACCGUCACCGCUGUGGAUGCACCGGCUGCACCAGCGGCGGGGACGCAGCAGCUCUGGCACCGCUCCCCGUCUCUCGUCCUGUACGAGAUUCCGCUGCGCUGCGCCAAGACGGUGACCGGGAAGGGCGAGGAGCAGAUCGACUGCUCGACGUUCCCGGUGCGGCUCGUUGGCAGCAAGUUGCGCGUCAUGGAUGCGGUGAAGCAGACAACGACGGAGUAUGCCAUAGACGAGAUUGUCACACAUCGACGGGGCUCGACAUUUGUGGAGUCAAGGCUUCUCCAGAAGGUCGGCGAGGUGCUGGUCGCUGGCUACAGUGCGUCCGUGCUGAGCCUCGACUCGAAGGGACUUGGCAAGCCCCUUGCCGCUUUCGAAAGUGCUGCGUGGCUUGCUAAACAGCGCCUGUUCAGGAACUUGAUAAGCACGGUGAAGAACAUGCAGUCUACGUACAGCAAGCAGGUUGGCAGCCGAGACUUCUUCGAGGCAGCUUUCUCGUUCGCGCUUGUCAAGAAGGUGUCGGCGGAGAAGGCAGCUGAGUGGAAAACGACGAACCCUGCCACCUCACAGCGAGGGUACGAGGUGGUGGACCUUCUUCAGACCGAGCCAAGGGUUGUCCAGCUCAAGAUGCACAGCUGCGUCCUGUCUGGCCACCGCAUCGGCCGUGUCGAGUACCGCACACUGCGCAGCGAAUCAGAGUUCACGCAAGCGCUGGUGAGUGCGCAGGCGAACGCCAACAUCGUGCUGGGCCGCCUGGCCGACGCCGUCGCCGCUGACCCAAACAACGAGGCAACAGCUAGGGAACAAGCAUCUGUCCUUCAGGUGAUAACGUGUGUGCUGACGCACCGCAAGGCUGGUGCCGUGUCGCUGCAGGAGCAGAUGGCGGAGCCUGCCGAGGCGGUGUACAAGCGAGAGGCGGAGAGCGACGUCAUCUCGUCGGAUGACGAAGAUGACGCGAAUGUGCUUGGGGCGUUCCAGUCGCACAAUGUACCCUCUGCCUGCAGCGACAUAAUUAUGAACUGUCUCACCUGCAUCGGUUCUCAGCAGAGCCACGAGCUGUGGACCGCCGCAUUGGAGCACGACCAGGGCACGGCGCCCACUUCCCUCUUUGCCUCCGCCUUUGGCGGUCCGGCGUACACGGUGAUUCUCGCCAGUAUGGACCCCUCAAAGGUCGAGUCUGCCGCGACACUUGUCACGCAGUCCGCGAUGUCCAUGAAACUGCACCGCCGUCCCCUUAACGGGUCUGCGCGCCGCCUUAUCCGAACCUCCAAGUACAUGACGGCGGCCUUACAGAAGAAAUUGAACAGUGCAAACUGCCCAUCUGGCCCUCAGCAGCGCGACUUGAAGGCUGACAUCUGCAAGUACGCUGAGGCACUAGACUCGCUUCGUGAAGUGGUGGGUUCCAUCGAAGCACGUCGGCUCAGUGUAUCCGGUUCCACGUAG